AAAAAAAAGAAAAAAAAUUUCAGCAAAAAUUUUUCUUCCUCACAAAACACACUCUUUGUCUUCCUUCUUUCUCAUUCUACUCUUUCCUCCACUAUUUCUUUUCAGACGGCAUAACCGACCACUCUCUCUCUCUCUCUCUCUCUCUCUCUCUCACCGUCUAUGAAUAAUGAAAGUGACAGUUAGGGUUUGAUAAAAUAUCGAGAACAAACAACUUUCGAUUUCCAUCAAUGGCUUCUUGUUCUCUACCCAUACCGGAACUCACUUUUCUACCUCCACAAACCACGCUCAAACGCCGGCUCUCUCUCUCUAGAAAUUCUCUCUCCAAACCUUCUUUGUAUAGAUGUUCGAGGUUCAAUCUUUCUUUUCGGACUCGGAUCAUCAGAGCUGUCAGAGAAGAAGGUGUGGUCGUCGAAGAGAGGGACAGAGAUUUGAUGAAGGAAGUGAAUGGUGCGGUGUUGAAUGGAAAUGGAGCUGCUAGUACCAGUGGGAGCAAUUAUGGGUAUGGUAAUGGGUCGGUGGAUGGGUAUUCGAAUGGCGGAGUACUCGAGGUUGAGAGUGUGAAACGGUCGAGUAAUGGGAGCUUGAUGAAGUAUGUGAAUGGAAAUGGAAAUGGUGUGGCUUCGGAAGUGGUGGAAGACGUUGAAUUUCCGGAGUCGAAAGAGAAAGGGAGGAAGAAAAGGAUUGAGGAAAUUGGUAAAGAGGAGGCAUGGUUUAAACGAAGUGGGCAACAAGAGGUUUCUGUUGCACCUGGUGGUCGUUGGAGUAGAUUCAAAACUUACUCAACUAUCCAGAGGACUUUGGAAAUAUGGGGAUUUGUUCUGACAUUCAUCUUCAGGGCUUGGCUGAACAAUCAGAAAUUUACUUAUCGAGGAGGAAUGACAGAGGAGAAGAAAGUAUUGAAGCGGAAGGCCCUUGCCAAGUGGCUAAAGGAAAGUAUUUUGAGAUUAGGUCCAACAUUCAUCAAAAUUGGCCAGCAGUUUUCCACAAGGGUGGACAUUCUAGCUCAAGAAUACGUUGAUCAGUUAUCUGAACUUCAGGAUCAAGUUCCUCCUUUCCCAUCAGAAACAGCAGUAAAUAUCGUUGAAGAAGAGCUUGGAGCUCCUCUAGAUGAUGUCUUUGAUUGGUUUGACUACGAACCAAUCGCUGCUGCUAGUCUUGGUCAGGUCCAUCGCGCAAGAUUGAAGGGACAGGAAGUUGUUGUGAAAGUACAAAGGCCUGGUCUCAAGGAUCUUUUUGAUAUUGAUCUUAAAAACCUGAGGGUCAUUGCAGAAUACCUUCAAAAGAUUGACCCAAAAUCAGAUGGUGCAAAGAGGGAUUGGGUUGCUAUAUAUGAUGAGUGUGCCAGUGUCUUAUACCAGGAGAUUGAUUACACCAAGGAAGCUGCUAAUGCAGAACAAUUUGCUAAUAACUUUAAGAACAUGGAGUAUGUAAAAGUCCCAACAAUAUUCUGGGAAUACAGUACACCACAGGUUCUGACAAUGGAAUAUGUCCCAGGGAUCAAAAUAAAUAAGAUUCAAGCUUUAGACCAGUUGGGUGUUGAUCGGAAAAGGUUGGGCCGCUAUGCUGUUGAAUCUUACUUAGAGCAAAUCUUGUCUCAUGGUUUUUUCCAUGCUGACCCUCAUCCCGGAAACAUUGCUGUUGAUGAUGUCAAUGGUGGAAGGUUGAUCUUUUAUGAUUUUGGAAUGAUGGGAAGUAUCAGUCCAAACAUCAGAGAAGGUUUGCUAGAAACAUUCUAUGGAGUUUAUGAGAAGGAUGCAGAAAAGGUCCUUCAAGCCAUGGUUCAAAUGGGUGUUCUUGUGCCUACAGGGGAUAUGACAGCUGUCAAAAGAACUGCACAGUUCUUCCUUAACAGUUUUGAAGAGCGUCUUGCUGCACAGAGAAGAGAGAGGGAAAUGGCAACAGCAGAACUUGGGUUUAAGAAGCCACUAACUAAGGAGGAAAAGAUACUGAAAAAGAAGGAACGUCUGGCUGCAAUAGGGGAAGAUUUAUUAGCCAUUGCAGCGGAUCAACCAUUCCGAUUUCCUGCUACAUUCACAUUUGUUGUUAGAGCAUUUUCAGUAUUGGAUGGCAUUGGGAAGGGUCUUGAUCCUCGAUUUGAUAUUACAGAGAUUGCCAAACCCUAUGCACUGGAAUUGCUAAAGUUUCGUGAAGCUGGAGUUGAAGUUAUUUUAAAGGAUCUAAGAAAGAGAUGGGACAGGCAGUCUCGUGCAUUUUACAACUUAUUUAGACAGGCUGAUAGAGUAGAAAAGCUUGCUGAAAUUAUCCAAAGAUUGGAGCAAGGUGAUUUGAAACUCAGAGUUCGAGCUUUGGAAUCUGAAAGGGCAUUCCAACGUGUUGCAACUGUUCAAAAGACAAUAGGGAGUGCAGUAGCUGCUGGAAGUCUAGUAAACCUUGCAACAAUUUUGUACACCAAUUCUAUUCGAGUGCCUGCCAUUGCAGCUUACAUCUUCUGUGCGUUUUUUGGUUUUCAAGUUCUCAUUGGCAUUAUAAAGGUCAAAAAAUUAGAUGAGCGGGAAAGAUUAAUAACAGGAACUGCAUAAACAAUUGAUUAUGAGUGGAUAUCCAACUUAUGGUUACUGGUCAACCAUUUGACAGUCCCUAAAAUGUAGGACAUAAAAAAUACUCUGUUAUGACUAUAAGCUAUGUUCCCGACCUCGCACCUUGCCAAUUUGAGAUGAAGAUGUACAAGGCUGAACACUUGGGCUGUUCUUUCAAAGCCUAUUUGGAUUCUAGUGUAAAUUUUAUGUUGUCAUUAGGUUAGGUGAGGUUAGAUUUGCCAAAUGCCAUUUUGUUCUCACCAUGUGGAAUAAUAUCCCCAUAUGUAGUUUCUUCAAAAUGUGACUCUUAAGCAGGCUGGUACACUACAUAUGGUAGCUUGUAGGCUUGCUCUAGAGUUAUUAAAAAAUAAUAAUUAUAAUUUAUAUAGUUGAGAUUGGUAUCAUGUGGCCUCCCCAUGUAAUUUCACCAUGUGGGAAGCACUAUCGUUGUAUAAUAUAGUAACAUAUAGAAUUCCUUUUUCAUUUUCUAGAAAUAUGCAUGUAAAAACCAUAUUAUAGAUAUAAAGCUAAAUUAUUACUUGCA